GUCAUCGCGUACCAGUUAUCGCUUAUCGGAAAUUUAGAACAAGUGUACGAAAAUAGAUAAGACCGAGUCACUCUGUAGUGUAUGCUUAUUUAUCUUAUUUAUAACCCUGAUUAUUUAUUGCCCACCUCGCAAUUAUUUAUCUGGCGGAUUUUGCUAUUUCAGGACCAUAAUCUGUAAUACUUUACAGUUUACAGAUACAAGAGCAAUUUUACGCUGUAGCUUCUGAUGGAGAAAACCACUUCGAUUUUAAAUAGUUCUGCUUUGUGAAAUAUCCAACGAACGCGACAGAAGAUGCACCUAUACGAAGGUGCCGAUCGCCUUGUGUACGAACUGAAUGCCGUUGACAUGGAAGUGAACGGAAUGCUCCAGAACGGCCAUGUUAUCGACUUGGAGGAAAUCGAGGGGAAUCCUCCGCGUCUGAUCGUCGAUUUUGGAUGCCCAACGCAUACAGCGGUCUCGGUAGAAUACGGAAAGCUUUUCCAGUGCUCCCCUAGACCAACCGACGAGCUACCGAGAGAGCGGCGAGAUAAUAAUCCGUCAGAGUCAAGCCGCUGGAACGUUCAGGCGCUUCUACGCGCCAGUCCCGAUCAGCCGUGGAAAUGGUACCCCGCCCACGUUCUCCUGGCCCGCUUGAAGGUCUGGAGAUGUACGCCCUGGUCGAGGUUAUGUUGGACGGGUAUGUCGUUCGCGAGCUGCUUCCACACGUUCAGAUUCGAAAACCGCCAUCCAUGGAGGAUUUGCGGAGCCGAACGCUCCAGCGCUGAAAAACAUCGUCUACAGAGUACAUGGGCUACUUAUACUUUGUUCUGGCUAUGGUUAGCUACAGCAGCAGCAGUUAAAUUCCUUCUGAAAGUCUUUAUCAAAUCUCCACAACUCUGGACGCCCUUCAACAGCUACAUUGUGACCGCGCCGGUGUUGGUUUUCAUGAAAUCUUGCAACAGAAAUGUGGCGCAAAUUAGCAAUUUCUUCGAUUUCCGCUGGAUAUUUGGCGAAUACUGCUGCUUAUUUGUCAUAAUUAGUAACACUGUUCACAGAUUACCAGAGCGAGCAUCGCCUCCGUCUUUGUCCUGAUCAGCAUCAGCCGCCUCUGGGCGGUGACCUUUCCAAUCAGCUACUGAGUGCGGCGUACGCCCAAACUGGCUGCUUACCUGAUCCUUGCGGUCUCCGUCCUCCUUAAUGCGCUGUCGCUGCCAGUUUUUCUCGAUCAUGCCUGCCGAACUCGCGGACCCGCACUCGGAUAUUUAUGCGUCUAUAUCAUUGGCAAUGAUUACUAUUAGCGCGCUCUGUAUGGAUACAUUACGCAUAAGUUGCCGCUGGAAAAAAUCACUUUUAUCUAUCCUGUUGUCUUUGGGAAAACGAAGAUUCUUCGCAAAACCAACGUGGACGCGAUCAUGCAGUCAGUUAACAAAUUUUGUUUUCGUUUUAUGUAUUUAGAUAAAUCAUUAAGUGCAUAUUUUGCUUUACAUUGUUAGCUCUAUCGUAUUAUGCUUCUAAAUAAAUAAUUUUAUUCGGCCUCAGCCAGCAUACAUAACAAUUCGCCUGCUUAGGUAUACACUAAUUAAAAGCAUCAAAUUUUUAAACAUUAAAAAAGCAAACAUUAAAAUGUGUGUAAAUUCGUCUUCACCCCCACGCUUCUUGUGGCCUAUAGCCCGUUUAUUGAAAUGCUUUCGAUUAACAAUUCAUUAGUGAAUGAUUCAUUAAAGGUUUAUAUUUCCGCGAAGAAUAGUGCGGCAACUGUAACAGCAUGAAAAAAUUUUAUAAUAAAUUCAAUUUGUCAUUUUCGUUCGUCUGACUUUAUUGGCAAUCAUUUGCGUGCACUGGGCAGUGGACUGUAGUGGAAUUUCAGUUAUUAACUACACUACCUAGUGGAAUUCAGACUGCGGAAACGUUUUCGGUUUUCGGACUUUUGUCAUGUAUCGGUGUUAGAAUUUCUCGAUCUGGCCAAAAUUCACGAAUGCCCUUAAUGAAGAGUAUCUGGUACUGCAGAAUUGCACUGUGAUCGAUAAAUGCUUCCGUUUCACUUUUCAAAAAUCAAAACGAUGCGCUUUCUGAAGUCUGGACCACUU